GCCCCCCUCAACUCAAUCACAAACUUGACGUUGAUCGAGGUGAGAUGAGUAGUCAAAAUCGCAUAUCCGCCCCGAGAUGUGGGAUCAGAGAUAUCCCUGUACCUCAAAGGGCCGAGUCCUCAGGCAUAAUCAGGAAUGAAACCGAACUGCGGUGGAGCAUCUAUAACUCCGACGCCGACUCUUCCAGACUCACAGCUCAAGGAAUCAGUCUAUACCAAGUCCUCCAUCGUAGUUUUCGAACCGACCCCAAGCUGACGCAAGAAGUGCCCGAAAGAGACAGGACGGUUUUUGCUUUACCGUUUCUUGCACUCAACAGCAAUCACCCGAUACAUGAUCUGGGGAGUCUCUUCACAGCUGGAUACCAAAACAUCAACCGCAGAAGCCCUGACAAUAUUCCGUUUCUGGCCUACGUCGCUGCAAAGACUGCCCACCUGACGGAUGAAAGGAGGGAGGACCUUUUCGAGUGGACCCUUGACACGUGCGCCGACCCUCAAUGCAUCCCUAUGGAGCUCUGGAGGAGGCCAGGGUUGCCGAUGCCUCUGCAGCUGUCACAAGAUCUAGGACCAAUGGCGGAUUGGUGCACCCCUGAGAGACUUGAUCUCCUGAAACCGCAUCUGACAGUGUUUAUGAGAGAUUCGCUCUGUCGCUGCUACGAAGCUCUGGGUGACUUUUGUGACAUUGAAGCCGCCGAAAUCGCUCUCAAACAUAUGCCGGCGUUGAACAAGACUCUUCGCCUGCUGCCGCGCAUGAUCAGAGGACAAAACUAUGCGUUGCAUCGACUGGUUUGCUCUCUACGCUGCUACUUCUCCGAGGGUGGUCCAAAGCGGAGCAUCCCGUACUGUGCCAUGUUGACGGGUGAAUCAGCGCCCGUAACAUCCAGGACUGCUCGCGUAAUGAAGCUCGGUCAGGUCUUCGGUGGCUACAGCAGCUUUGAGAUCACGCUCGAAAGAUCAGACUUGAGCAUUUUUGGCCCGGGUGGAAUGGGUUCUGGACGGAAAUUCUCAAUCUGGUCCGGACUUGACCAUUUCCUUACUACGCACAACACCAACAAAAGUAUCGUGAUUUUUCACGGCCUGCUGGGAUGUGACAAGUUGACUGACGACAUUUACGAUGAGAUUGGCGAAAUUAUCAGUAGUGUGAAGUAUCAGGACCGUACUCUCUCUCGACCAUCCAGGCGGGCUGUGGACAUCUCCAAGACGAUAUUCAUAUUCACAUCUCCAUUUGCCGAGGAUCUCAUUGCCGAGCACAAGGAAAAGUGGUAUUAUCUGCGAGAAAUCAAGGACUGGCAGAAGAAAAGCCCACCCGACGCGGCAGACAGGUUCAUGAGCCUUGUCGAGUUCUCCAAAACCCCUGCCGGAUCCGCCUGCAUGGAGGAGCUCAUCCAAGCCAUCCGGGACAAGGCACGCAGCAGGCCAGACUCUUCAGCCUGGCAGUUGGCCAGCCAGGUGUGCGACGGAGGCUCGGUGAUUCCGCACUUCCCCAUGGACUGGGAGGACAUGAACAUCCUCGUCGAGCGCAAGACUCAAGAGGAUGGGUGGCAAACCUGCUUUAACUGAUUGCUGUGCAAGAGUGGGUGAAUAUGGAAGCGAAAGUUUGUCUGGGCAGAAUUGGUCCCCGGACCUUGAUGUUUGGAAUGGGCUUGUGGCCCCCUUUGGGCUGAAAAAAUCAGACUCCUGCCUCUCCUGUUUGACUAUAGUUCAGGGAUGGCAUACAGGAAUUGUCGUGGAGACAGCAGGCUUGACGACAGGUUGAAGAGAAAUUAAGGUUGGCGACGAAGCCUCAAAAAAAGGAAGGAAAAAAAAGAAGAAGAAGAAAAAGAAAAGAAACAGCGAGCGAAAGCAGGCGAACCACUGGGGUAGACGCUUCUUCAAAAGAAGAAGUUCCGAAAAAGGAAAUGGAAGCACGCAUUGGAAUUACUGUGGCUUGUCUAGGGUAAAUUGUAUCAACAUCUUUGGUCUGGUAUGGAACGGACGGGUAUGAUCACAUUUUCUGUUGGGGAACUUUGUCUUUUGUCGUUUAGUUGCUUGGAGACAUGAAAGAAACGACACCCUCUCGAGACAGCAGGAAGAAGGGGCAAGACCUUUGAGAUGUGGGCGAAAAGCACAAGUUGAUAGAACUAACUGUGCACAGGCUAUCUAUUAUAGAACAUUCUCUGC